AGUUUAGCAAGCGUGUAGUUGUCGGUAUUUCAAAGAUUUGAAUAACAAGGCAAAAGGUGAAGCAAAGAUGGCUAUCCUCGACCCGUUGGGCAGCUGGCCCCCCCUCAUCCUGAUGGUGCCGGGCGUGCCCUGGCUCAACUUUCGUUUUUUCUCCUUUCUUUUGGUGGCUUUGCUGCUCUGCCAGCGAGUCAGUUGUUUUCUUGUGUACAAGGGAACCUUCGACACGCGCGAGAGCAGCGAGACCCCUUUGGUAAGCUACGUGCUUGGUGAAAUAUGGAUUACCUGGUGCGUGUUCGCGCUGAUCCUGUUUCCCCCCGCGCUCGCCGGCAUUCUGUACGAUUGUGAGAAGCCCGUUCGUGCCGCCUACUAUCUGCAGCUCCUAACGUUCUGGCUCAUUCUGCUCCUCGCGGCCUUAGUGCAGGUAUUCGCCUACUUUCACGUUGCCGGAACCGUCGCUCCCAAGCAGAGCGGAGAGGGCGGCAGCUCGGGCGACGGUACCGGCGUCAACGCAGCUAUGAGAGUGCACAACUCCCUCUCACCGCCCUCAUUUGUCAUGCAAAAUGCCAAGCCCGCCCUUUGCUCCGUGGCACUGCUUGCGUGACAGAUUCAUCCCGAAGCCGAAACAUCACAAUAAGACUCGGUCGUGAAUUUGUCAUGCAAAAGCUGCAUCUGUGCCAGCACCACUUGUGUUGCUGUGGGUGCCAUCCAAGUGAGGGGGUACUUAGGGGACCACGACGAGUUGUGCACUUUCAUAACAGCUGGCGUUCCUACGGGUACGGAACUCGUCGUGGCUGCGAUCGCGGAUGAGGACAAUGCCGCAGUCGUGGCGAAGCUGCAAGAGAGCAAGGUCAAGGACCCCAUCGAGGUGAUGGCGGACGGCUUGUUCGGCGUGCUCGACUCCAUCGGUUCGGCCUUGUUGACUUUGGUGAUGGCGCCCUUCGGCUUCGCGUUCCCGGACUCGAGCUGGGUAUUCAUCAUCAUCUACAACCUGAUUCUCUCCGGUGGGCACCUAUUCUAUCCACACCGCAUCUUCAAAAGGAUCGACGCACAAUUAAUACAUCGCCCUCCAACAGCAAAUACAAAAGAAGAGCACAGCUCUACUAAACGAUCAUAGAGGUGGAACGUAAAAAGAAUUACUACGUCUACGAACAUAAUUUCUACGAAAGUGAAAGGAACAGUGCGAGUUGUGCUGUCAUGCAGUACGGUUACAUUUCGUAGUCGUACCAUACGCGUGCGUGGUAGUGUGCGAAGUUGAAGAUACCUUUGCGCAUAAUACGGGUGCAGCGUGGACGAUUCGGUCCGCAGCUGACGAAAUUCGGGAGGAUAUCCUGUGCAAAUAUGUCUCCGCGCUUGACGAGUCCUCGCCCGACGAGAACUCUAAGAAAAUGCGUGGAUUUGCUCCCGUAGAAGUACCAGUAGCAUCAGAGAUUUUGUAACCAGAAGUACGUGACUCGUCGCAGAAGUUGUAGUCCACCUUUUUGAUUUGCACAGCAGAGCUCAACACACAGUAACUUGGGGACGUGGAGACAACUUUUGCCCAGGAUUGAGGGUUUUUUUCGCGAAUUUUGGGAUUACAAGAAGAGGUUCGCUCGCGUCCGUGGAACCGACGGGCCGGGCGAAGAUCCAUUACUAGAUAAGUUUGGCCGCUGCGCGCACCAGAGUCACAUACUCGCGGUGCCAAUGGAACAGGCCCGGAAGAUACGGGAUUUGCCGCGGGAAUUCCCAAUCGAGCACAUGGUAGACACGAUGAUGUUCCAGGAGCGAACGGCGGAAGCGCAGCGCGCCGCCCAGAACGCCAAAAUUGACAACACCGAUCGGGAAUCCGACCUCACAAGCGCGGAGCUCUGGACAAAAUUCUACGUGCAAGAGAACUCCAUCGCCAGACGACUCAUACCCACAAUAUAAUUUUUGCCCGACUGCUUUUGUAUGAUUAUGUAUAGGCUGUAACGGCUGCUAAUUUGAAGUUGUCUCAAAGUCUGAAGCAAAGCAGGUUUUGCUCUUCAUCUUCUGGUGCCGAGUGCGAAUCCGAAAGUAGAACUGGAAGAACAAGAACUGCAAUACUUUCCAAGAAAGCAGGCUACUUACUGUGGUGCACCCCUCGUGGCUCUGUACUUCUUCUGUAAUUGUAUGAUAGCAGCGAAUUAAGGUUGACGGCUUGGUCCGAAUGCGAAUGAAAUACAAUUUAAUAAAAAGGACUAGAUCAUUCAUCAAUCAUUGCUUUUGCUUCCGACCGAAGAAGGCAGGGGCGAACAGAG